CUGGGAAAGAAGCAAAAAAUAUUUUUCACUAUAUAUGAGCUUGACAAUUGUGACAAGACACACACAGAGCAUUCUGUAGAAGGUGAACCCCAUAAAAACAUCCGGCUAAACUCCAACGUAGUCCAUAUCGAUGGCGGAGGAGAAUCAAGAAGAAACCCUAGAACUCAAACCGAUAAGAAAACCACCACACUUUGUGCUAAUACACGGCAUGAGCUUAGGAUCAUGGUGCUGGUACAAGAUCAAGUGUCUCAUGGAAGUCUCUGGUUUCGACGUCACUUGCAUCGACCUUAAAUCCUCCGGAAUAGAUUCUUCAUCCGCCGACUCUCUCACUUCCUUCGACCAGUAUAACCAACCACUCAUCGACUUCCUCUCCUCUUCCCCCGAAGAAGAACAGGUGAUACUUGUGGGUCACAGUGCAGGGGGGCUUAGCGUGACAAGCGCGAUACAGAGGUUCCCUAAGAAGAUAUGUCUCGCUGUCUAUAUCGGAGCUUCGAUGCUCAAAUACGGGCUCCAAACCGAUGAAGAUAUGAAAGAUGGAGUGCCUGAACUAUCAGAACAUGGUGAUGUCUACGAGCUCAGCUUCGGUUUAGGAACCGAGAAUCCUCCAACCAGUGCUAUUAUCAAACAUGAGUUCCGACGAAAACUCCUUUACCACAUGAGUCCUCAACAGGAAUGUUCCUUGGCUGCAUUAAUGAUGAGACCAGCACCGAUUCUGGCGCUAACGACAGCAAAACUGGAAGAAGAGGAAGAAACAAAAGGAGAAGAGGAUAAGGAGCACGUGCCGCGUGUGUACAUAAAGACGUUACAUGACCGAGUCAUGAAACCGGAGCAGCAAGAGGCGAUGAUAAGAAGGUGGCCACCGAGCCAAGUUUACGAAUUGGACAGCGACCAUUCUCCUUUCUUCUCUAACCCUUUCGUCCUCUUCGGUUUACUCAUCAAAGCUGCCGUUUCCGUCGGUUCUAUCUAAACCAAAAAAUUACGUAAUAAUGAUCAGUUACGUGGUAGAGAGCGUUAUUUAUUAUUAUUUUUUUUUAAACGACAUUUUUAUUUAGUUCACAAUUGAUUU